AGUCUCAUUCAUGGCUGUCAGUACUUUCAACAUGGCACCUUACUUCGCUGGAUAUCCAUUCCAAGGUCAAGGAAGGGUGAAUCAGCUCGGUGGUGUUUUUAUAAAUGGCCGACCCCUGCCCAAUCACGUGCGAUCGGAAAUCGUGAGGCUGGCAUCAGCUGGUGUCCGCCCCUGUAUGAUUUCGAGACAACUCAAAGUUUCUCAUGGGUGUGUCUCUAAAAUUUUGAACAGAUUUCACGAGACUGGGUCAAUCAGGCCAGGUGUCAUUGGAGGGAGCAAACCCAGAGUUGCUACACCAGAAGUUGAAGCGAGGAUUGAGAAGUUGAAGAGGGAAAAUCCUGGUCUUGUGGAUUGGGAGAUCCGAACGCAAUUGAUAAAGCAGGAGGGUCUUUGCGACAAAACGACAGUCCCAUCAUCAUCCAGCAUCAACCGACUCCUGAGAGGAUCCGGAAAUCCCUCCAGAUCUGGUGAUGACGCUCGAGCCAAUCACUCGAUCAACGGAAUUCUCGGUGGAAGUAGUGGCGAUGACACCGAUACCGAGAGUGAGCCAGGGUAUGUCUUGAAGCGAAAACAAAGAAGAAGUAGAACUACAUUUACGGGAGAGCAACUGGAACAGCUGGAGGCUGCUUUUCACAGAACGCAGUAUCCUGAUGUUUACACGAGAGAGGAACUUGCACAAAAGACUAAAUUGACAGAGAACCGAGUACAGGUGUGGUUCAGUAACAGGCGAGCUCGCCUGCGCAAGCAACUCAACAGCCAACACAACGCCUUCAAUACAAUGAGUUUACAGUCAUUUCCAACUCAACACUAUCCAGCACCAACUGAAGGCUAUCAGGGAUAUGGACAGGCGACGGUAGCAGCAACCACUGCGGGAUACACUCAGCAUUAUAAUUAUGGAGAUAACUACUACAGUGCGCAACAGCAGUGGCCUCGAGCUACGCCUGAAAACUAUGGAUUAUUCAACAGUUCGCCUUACGGAACAACAAAUCUCUCCCCAUCGAACUUGAAUCUGGGCCUGAGUGGAAGUGUUUCACCAACUGGCUCCACUAAUAUGAGUGCAUGUAUGGUCCAGGGAGCAACAGGAAUGGGCCAUCACGUGACACCUCACAGUCCCACCGAGGCGAAGAGUGGUUAUCCAUACCUGGGUACCAUCGACGCACAGGUCUGUGGUAGAGUCCAUUGAAAAAACCCUGAUUCAUCGGUUUCUACCUUUUAAAUGAUAAUCGAGGUUCAAUAGACGCGUUAAUUUAUCGAUGAGUGAAUUGAUCGUUUGCCGAGGGCAUCAAGAGAUAGGAUAUUCCUCACGUGCCUUUCACUACUUUCAUUCCAGAAUUAUGGAAAGAUCAAGAAAAUAGUUCUAAUCGGUUUUCUCGAUUAUGAUGAUGAUGAUGAGUGAACUUUUUUUAUGUAAUUAUUAAUUUAAUUCUCCGGGGAUAUUUAAUGUCCUUGAAUAUUCAUAGGGGCCUUGGGGGUCCGGUGGUCGGACAAUCGGAAGUGAAACGCCUGAUUAGAUGAAGCUAUUUAAUUAGUUAUUCAAGUGAUUCCAUUGAUUAAUGAUGGUGGAUAACGAGUAACAGACACCAAUAGCUUAUAAUUGUGGCGUGAAGUCGUAAAAAAAAUUAUUCGGUAUUUUAUAUUAUAUGGACCAAUUGGUGAUAUUUAAACGUUUUUCAUCACAUAAUUUUUUUUUUCAUGCGUCGAUUUCAAUUUUUGACUUCUUCACUGCCUAAUUAUUGUUGUAAAUACUUGUAGAA